AUGGUGGGUUUUAAUAUAGAAGGCCCCACACGGGAUCGAGUAAUGAAACUUAUUGAAGAAAAGGAUAGAAUCGAGAGCGAAAUACGCGAUCAAACUGCUAUUCUGGAAUCUAAUAACGUGGACAUGCACGUAACCUUGGUGGAUAGUGAAGGCUUUCCACGUAAUGACAUUGAUGUGUACAAAGUAAGACAUGCGCGGCAUCGUAUAAUUUGUUUACAAAAUGACCACAAAUCAAUAAUGAAAAAGAUCGAAGAAGGCCUGGGUGAAGUAUAUUCAGACUUCCGCGGAUCAAAUGUUAAUGCAUCGACAUCACAGACAGAGAAUACUUCACUAACUUAUACAAAUGGCCAUGGCUUGAAUAAUGCGCAUAAUUCUGGAAAUGAACAGCAAUGCUUCGCUGUUGUGGGAUUUGUUCAUAAUGGCUCUCCUGCAGAUAUUGCUGGCUUAACAGAAAAUGAUGAGCUACUUCAGUUUGGUUCGGUGAACUACAGUAACUUUUCAGACAUAACACAAGUCCACGAUGUAGUGGCACAUUCAGUAGGCCAAAGGAUACAAGUCAGGGUAAAGAGGGAUCAACAAGUUCUCUCUCUGACUGUUGUACCAAGGCCAUGGGCACAUCCAGGCUUGCUUGGCUGUCAGAUUAGAAGAAUAACUCCUUCAUAG